CUAGCUACAAGAUCAAGCCUUCCUUUGUACCCUCUUAAGAUGGAAAAUCUCAGAGUAACGACCCUUUUUUUUCUUUUCUUUAGCGCCCUUCUCAUUCUUCAGGUGAAUGCAAAGGAUGAUGUUCAAAAUCAACCACAAGAAAAUCCAUCAUCUCUUUCAAAGAUACUCACUGAUACAAUUUCUCUGCUAAAAACAUCGCAAGAAACUUCAUGGGAGAAGAUCAAAACUGUCAUCCAUGAAAUGCGAAAGCAGUUUUCUCCUUCGAGUUUGGAGGGUGUGGGUGAGACAGAAACUGAACUUGGCACUGGUGGUGUCAAAGGAACCAUUAACGAUGCAAUCACCAAGAAUUUGGAGAAGAGCAAAGAGACAGUUGUUGAAUCUGCCAAAUCUGCUGCAAAUGUUGCCAAAGAAGCUGUUCACAACACUGGAGAAAAAGACUCUGAUGCAGAACUUUGAUUAAAAUCUUGGAAUUAUUUCUGCAUUUAAUUUUGAAUUUAAUCAAAAUUAUUAGUCUUCUGAAGGCUGAAGCACACUCCAUAAUUGUAUACACAAAUUUAUUGUGAAAUUUUGUUUCCCCAACAAUUCAUCCUUUGCUCCCAAUACGUAUCUGUGUAUCACAAGAAUCAUCGGUUUUUUUUCAAGAACAAGCAAAAUGCCAGAGAAUUCCGUUUUAUGGUAGGGAUUCCGUCAUGAUGAAGGAAAAUUAAGUCAGAGAUAUAUAAAAUAUGA